ACUACACAGGGACUCUUUUAAUUGUUCUCAACGAACGGUCUGAAAAUGCAGGCACUCGUAUCUUCGAAAACUGUGAAAUCAGCGUGUCAAAUAGCAGUGUUCAAAAGACCUCUGCGACAACUCAAGACGCGAAACAGCACAAAUGGACUCUUAUUUCCGCAUCUAUUGUGUUCAAAAGUGCAGUCCCGGUUAUCCUCAUCAACGACAACGACACCUUCGCAAUCCCGAUCGAACAUACAACCACUAAGUCCAUCACAGCAUGAGAAACUACUCGCGACUCAACGUCGUUCGCGCCCCGUCUCUCCCCAUCUAUCCAUAUACCAACCACAAAUCCACUGGGUAUCGGGUGCCAUAAUGCGGAAUGCGUCCAUCAUCAUCGCGACGCCGAUAUACGUAUUCGGAGCGGCGUAUCUGGCUGCACCACUCAUGGGAUGGCACCUCGAUACCGCGAGUCUCGUCGAGUGGUUCGGAGGAUUGCCAUAUCCCACUCGAUUGGCGAUCAAAGGCUUUUUCGGCUUCCCGUUCGUCUUCCACAUCGUCCACGGCCUGAAACAUCUCAUCUGGGACACUGGAGCCAUGUACACGAGAAGACAAGUUUGGAUUUCCGGCUGGGUCGGUAUGGGACUCAGUGUGAUAGGAACAAUAGGCUUGAUGUUUUGGUAGCCGGGAAGAAAAAUUGACAAGGCAAACAAUGCCACACAAGAAUACAACACAUGUGCACAUUGUCUGUACAAAAUACUCCUCUGUAGUUAUGUACUUACACAUGAUAGUCCAAUUACUCCACGACCUUUUCUUCC